AUCAUCCUAGAGGGAAAGGUUCAAGGUAGGCGAGCAAAAUACAGACAGCGUUACAAGUGGGAGGAAAACAUCAAGAGAUGGACGAACAGCAGUAUGAGUGAGUGUACAUCAAGGGCAAGAGACAGGGCUUGUUGGAGAUCAUUUGCAGCCAACCUUCAUUGUGGAGACGGCACCUGA